AUGGACGAAGACAGACGCGACCCGAGGGACCGCGAUGGCGAUGACCGUCGUGACCGCGAUAGGGACCCUCGCUCCGGUCCCCGCGACAGACGUGACUAUGGCGGUGGUGGGUUCAGAGGUCGCGGCAGCCGCCGUGGGGGACCUGGCGACCACUGGGAACCGCUAGGAAAGCGCAUCGAAGCACGUCGCCCGCGUUCUCGUUCUCGUGAGCGCCGUCGCCGUUCGCGUUCUCCUCGCAGCCGCUCGCGUUCGCCGCGUAGCCGGUCCAGGGGCCGCGGCGCCACAGAGGCGUUCCCGCGUUCCCUCGGCGGGCCUAUGAACGCGCCCCACGAGGAGGCUGCCGAAUUCAGCAAGAUAUCAAAACGCGAAAACCGCGUUUAUGUCGGCAAUCUCAGCUACGACGUCAAGUACCGCGACUUGAUGGAAUUCAUGAGGGGAGCGGGAGAGGUGUUGUUUGCGGAGGUCCUCAUCACGCCGACUGGUAUCUCGAAAGGAUGCGGAAUCGUCGAAUAUGCUUCUCAAGAGGACGCGCAGCGUGCUGUCCGCGAGCUGUCUGAGCAACCUUUGCUCGGGCGUCCCGUCUUCAUUCGUGAGGAUCGCGAGAACGAAUCCCGCUUCGGCGCGACUCCUGUACCCGGAAAGAUCGGCAUGGCUAUGGCUGGCCAAGGUCUUCACGCUGGCCCUCCACCUCGUCCGUCUCACCACAACAGCUUCAGCGGCGGUGGCCCGCCGUCCAACCCCGGGAACCAGCUCUACGUCGGCAACCUUCCGUAUCAAGCUGGCUGGCAGGAUCUGAAGGACCUCUUCCGUUCUGCCGGAAACAUCGUUCGCGCAGACAUCAACAUUGGUGCAGACGGGCGCCCCAAGGGCAGCGGAACCGUCAUUUUCGAGACGGCCAAGGACGCUCAACAGGCUAUCAGCAUGUACAACGGCUUCGACUGGUACGGUCGCAUACUCGAAGUCCGCGAGGACCGUUUCGCCGGUCUUUCCGGCUCCCGCGGCGGUCGUGGUGGUCUGCGCGGCCUUCGCGGUGGCCUCGGUCGUGGUCUCGGCCGCGGCGGCUUCCGUGGUGGCUUCGGCGGUGGAGGCGGAGGCAGCGGCCGCGACUUCUCCAACCAGGAUAUCUACGCUGAUUACUCCGGCCCGGAUCAGCCCUCCAACAACCGGAGCACCAGCGACAGCUACGGUGGCGGCGGAUCCGGCUUCGGCACAAGCGGCUCGUCGAACUUUGGCGGCGGAGGCGGACACUUCAACGCCGAGCCCAGCCAGCAGAUCAUGGUUCGCAACCUUCCCUGGUCGACCGCGAAUGAGGAUCUUGUUGAGCUCUUCGAGACCACCGGUCAGGUUGAGCUCGCGGAGAUCCUCUUCGAGGGCACGCGAUCCAAGGGCGCUGGUGUUGUCCAGUUUGCUCAGGUUGGCGAGGCGGAGACUGCUAUCGCCAAGUUCCAAGCCUACAUGUACGGUGGCCGCCCGCUCGACGUGCAGUUCAACGACCGCUGGCAUACCUUUACGCCCUCGGCCGCGAAGGGUGGUCAAGUGCCCAUGCAGGCCGACGUCGCGUAG